CCGCCAUGGCCCGGCCGCUGGUUCCCAGCUCGCAGAAGGCGCUGCUGCUGGAGCUGAAGGGGCUGCAGGAGGAGCCGGUGGAGGGCUUCCGGGUGACGCUGGUGGACGAGGGCGACCUGUACAACUGGGAGGUGGCCAUCUUCGGGCCCCCCAACACCUACUACGAGGGCGGCUACUUCAAGGCUCGCCUCAAGUUCCCCAUCGAUUACCCAUAUUCCCCACCAGCCUUCCGGUUCCUCACCAAGAUGUGGCACCCAAACAUCUAUGAGACAGGGGACGUGUGCAUCUCCAUCCUCCAUCCCCCAGUCGAUGACCCUCAGAGUGGGGAGCUGCCCUCAGAGCGGUGGAACCCCACACAGAAUGUCAGGACCAUCCUCCUGAGUGUGAUCUCCCUGCUGAAUGAGCCCAACACCUUCUCGCCCGCCAAUGUGGACGCCUCGGUGAUGUACAGAAAGUGGAAGGAGAGCAAGGGGAAGGACCGCGAGUACACAGACAUCAUCCGGAAGCAGGUCCUGGGGACCAAGGUGGACGCGGAGCGUGAUGGCGUGAAGGUGCCCACCACGCUGGCUGAGUACUGCGUGAAGACCAAGGCGCCGGCGCCCGACGAGGGCUCGGACCUCUUCUACGAUGACUACUAUGAGGAUGGCGAGGUGGAGGAGGCCGACAGCUGCUUUGGGGACGAGGAGGACGACUCUGGCACCGAGGAGUCCUGACCGCGCCCCGAAAUAAACUUACAGAUUUUACCUCA